UUCCAGAAUCUUCAAACUCCAAGCUUUCUUCCCGUCUUCCUUGCGCAACUUUUUGGCCCCUACCCGUGACAAAGUGUCUCUCACAGCGGACGGGAGGAGAGCUCGAGAGCGAAAAUGGAGAAGUAUUUCGGGAACGCGUACCGAGGUGACCCAGGCGUCCCACACGCCAACCCAGACGCAUUUGUCAACAUCUGGAUAGGCUCUGCUGCCUUCUCCGCUAUCACCUGGUUCAACCCUUACAUGUGGCAACUCUCCAAUCAAUUCAAUUGGCACGACAAAGCAAUGUUGUUUGAGCAGUACCACUGGAAAAAGGCAAUGGAGAAGAAUCAGCCUUACAAAUUCAAGUGGAACCAGUACAUGGACAAGGACCACCGUGAUGCAUAUUAUUUUAAUUGGCCCAUUUACUUCCCUUAGGCUUUGUAAUAAGCUUGAGAACAAUGAGACUCGUGUAACCUGGAUUGCCCAUCCUUCUCUUCCCCUGGAUUUCAAGACUUGAAUAAAAGCCGUAUUUCUUGUUUGUAGUGAUUCAUUUGAUCCCAUUAAGCUGUGUAGCCAUUAUGUUUAAGGGUUGAUUAAUCUGUAUUGUAUGAAAGAUGUUUUGGAACAUUAUUUACUUACAAUGCAGAUGGUGGCACUACUGUGACAUCACCCCUAAAAUAUGGUUAUUUGAA